CUGUGACUAGAAUCCAAGGUUAGGGAUGAUCCAAGAAGAAGAGGACCUGUCCACCUCCUCUGCAACUAACAGUGCUUCUUCUUCUUCUUCUUCUCUCUCUUGAUGUAAUGUUGUAAUCAAAUCAUGUCCAUGUAAAGUGGUGAGCCCACAUGUGCCAACCCAUUUUCCUUCCUGUCUACUGUCUACUCUCGAUUUUUAAUAAAAAAAAUCCCCAUCCAGUUCCCGUCCAUGUCCAUCAUUGAUGAGUAGAGUAGGGAGGGAGAGAGAAGAGAGGAAACAAAAUAUCCAGCAGGGAGGGGCCAUGUGGAGGCUGCCAAGUGUGCUGCAUCCUUGGAGGAUCCCGGGCCAUGUGUUAAUUCCACCAAUAGACAAAUAAUAAUCCUACCUCCUCUCCUCUUGUACCAAAAUAAUCAGCAGCAAGAAAGUGUAGGCUUCCUCCUCCUCCCUUUCUUCUUCCUCGUCCGUCUCAGAGCAAAUUUGUUCCAGUAGGAUUGUUAUUGGUUGUUUCAUUCUUACUAGCUCUUGGAGUUGAGGAUAGAGGUAUGUGUACUCAUGUACGCAUGCCUGUCUGCGGCUUACUUCUUCUUGUAGCUAGCUAAGUAGUUGACUAGCAAGCAAGCAGCUGCAGAUCGAGGCGAGGCAAUUCAUCAUCGAUCCAAAAGAUAAGAUAAUAAUGGCCAUGGAGCCUGCGUUGAAGGUUGCCCUGGGGACCGCCGCGUUCGGCAUCUUCUGGGUUCUGGCCGUGUUCCCGGCGGUGCCCUUCCUCCCGAUCGGGCGCACGGCGGGGUCGCUGCUGGGCGCCAUGCUGAUGGUGCUCCUCGGCGUGAUGAGCGCUGACGAGGCGUACGCGGCGGUGGACCUGCCGAUCCUGGGCCUGCUGUUCGGCACCAUGGUGGUGAGCGUGUACCUGGAGCGCGCCGACAUGUUCCGGCACCUGGGGCGGCUGCUGUCGUGGCGCAGCCAUGGCGGGCGCGACCUGCUGGUGCGCACCUGCGCCGUGUCGGCGGUGGCGUCGGCGCUCUUCACCAACGACACCUGCUGCGUGGUGCUGACCGAGUUCAUCCUCAAGAUCGCGCGGCAGAACAACCUGCCGCCCAAGCCCUUCCUCCUGGCGCUCGCCUCCAGCGCCAACAUCGGCUCCGCCGCCACGCCCAUCGGCAACCCGCAGAACCUGGUGAUCGCCGUGCAGAGCGGCAUCUCCUUCGGGCAGUUCGUCUUCGGCAUCCUCCCGGCCACGCUCGUGGGGUCCGUCGUCAACGCCGCCAUCCUGCUCUGCCUCUACUGGGGGCAGCUCGACGGGGGGAUGAAGCCCGCCGCCGAGGAGGUGGUGGCCGUGCCCACCGAGGUGGUGGAGGAGGAGGACGUGACGUCGCACCGCUUCUCGCCGGCCACCAUGUCGCACCUGCGCCUCCGGCAAGCGGCCGGCGAGGUCAAGCCGGCGGCAGCAGAUGCCAACGGCCACUACAGCGAGUACGACGGCAAGCAGGCCAGCAACGGCAUCCACAAGAGGCGGCACACCACCUUGGUGCAGUCGGAGCAGGGGAAGGAGCAGUCGGAGGAAGAGGAGUCGUCGGAGGACGAGCAGGAGGAGUGGCAGAGCCGCGUGUGGAAGACUUGCGUGUACGCGAUCACCGGCGGCAUGCUGGUGGCGCUGCUGCUGGGGCUCAACAUGUCGUGGAGCGCCAUCACCGCCGCCCUGGCGCUCAUCGUGCUCGACUUCAAGGACGCGCGCCCCUGCCUGGAGAAGGUCUCCUACCCUCUGCUGCUCUUCUUCUGCGGGAUGUUCAUCACCGUCGACGGCUUCAACAAGACGGGCAUCCCCAGCGCCUUCUGGGAGUUCAUGGAGCCCUACGCGCGGAUCGACACGCCCACCGGAACCGCCAUUCUUGCGCUCGUCAUCCUGCUGCUCUCCAAUGUCGCCUCCAAUGUCCCGACCGUUCUCCUGCUGGGCGCCCGCGUUGCUGCCUCCGCCGCCGCCAUCUCCCCGGCCGCCCAGACCAACGCGUGGCUCGUCCUGGCCUGGACCAGCACGGUGGCCGGCAACCUCUCCCUGCUGGGCUCCGCCGCCAACCUCAUCGUGUGCGAGCAGGCGCGCCGCUCCCAGCACUACGGCUACACGCUCUCCUUCUUGGGCCACCUCCAGUUCGGCUUCCCGGCCACCAUCAUCAUCACCGGCAUCGGCCUCCUGCUCAUCAGAACCUACUGAUGAUUGCCGGGCCAUGUGCAGUGCAGUGCUUUCGUCCUACUGCUAGUAGCUCUACAUACAGCAAAGUAAUUAAGAUUAUUUUAGUAUGUUGAUUGGUUGCUUGAUACAACAAGAUGGAAGAAGAUUGUACAUUUUGGAUCGAUCGAGUAGCACACAGAUAGUAUUAUUGUAUAUCCUAUUCCUGUCUAGCAUUCUGUAAGUUUGUAUUAAAAAAAUCGCAAAGGAAAAAUACAGGCAGGGACAUAUUGUAGCCGAGCAAACAGAUCCAGAAGGAAGGAGCAGCAGAACCAACCAACCGCACAAAAGCAACAACGAAACCACAACAAAAGAGGAGCAGAGGAAGCACCAAAAUUCGGAGGGAACAACAAAAGCGACCGAGAAGACAGGCCACCAGAAGAAACAACUUACACCACUUGAAGACAAACCAGAGGAAAGCGAAUACGCAGGUACAGGACUAUUCAUCCCGUUGAUCCAUGGACCAAGACACCAAUAAGAGUAAAUUUGCUGCCGGAUAUUCUUCGAUAUUAAUUUUUGCUGUUAAAUAUUACUCAAUCUUAUAUUGCCAAAUAGAUACUCUUCAAGUUUUAGUA